UCAAUUUAUUAUAUAUAUGUAUCAUUUUAUUACAAUCAUCAGCUGUUUUCCAAACUUCUAACAAGCAGGUGUGGAAUACCAUCUGUAGUAGAGUUAUUGAAUGUAAAUACAUCGAUUUCAUCAAAUACAGAGACAUCCAGUUAUACAAAUUAAAUACUUAAACAUAAUUUAAAUUCUAUGUUUAUGGUAAGUACAAAAGUUUUAAGUAAAAAAUUAAACAAACUUUUUAAACUUUUAUUAUGUUCUUGUUGAUUAUUUAUUAAAAUAAAUUAUAAAAUUCGGAACAGGUGAAAUCCAUAAGUGAGAAUUUCGGGUUAGAGAGAAAGCUCUAAAAAUAUCGCGGUCCUUUAGACUUUUUUUAUUAUUUGGUAACAACCGAAUCUUAUUUUAUGCGAGUCAAAUAUGUACGACGUCUAUAGUUGAUUCCACUGAUGGAUCAAACCCAUUCACCAAAGGACUUGGAUAUGUUCCUAUCGCGCGCGUGCCACUCGCAGACUGUGGCGCAGAAACUUGCCGACUCCAACACAAAACGAACGAGACUCUCCUACUCCGACAUAACAGCACUCAGACAUAUCCAACGGUCCGCUGUAUCGCCCAUGUACCGACGACCAGCAAACAGGUGCGAUGUCCAUGGUUGAUUCCAUUGAUGAAUCCAAACCACUCACCAAAGCACUUGGAUAUGUCCAUAUCGCGCGCGUGCCACUCGCAGACUGUGGCUCAGAAACUUGCCGACUCCAACACAAAACGAACGAGACUCUCCAACUCCGACAUAACAGCACUAAGACAUAUCCAACGGUCUGCUGUAUCGCCCAGGUAUCCGCGACCAGCAAACAGGUGCGAUGUCCAUGGUUGAUUCCAUUGAAGAAUCCAAACCACUCACCAAAACACUUGGAUACGUCCCUAUCGCGCGCGUGCCACUCGCAGACUGUGGUGCAGAAACCUGCCGACUCCAACACAAAACGGCCGAGACUCUCCUACUCCGACAUAACAGCACUCAGACAUAUCCAACGGUCCGCUGUAUCGUCCAUCUACCGACGACCAGCAAACAGGUGCGAUGUCCAUGGUUGAUUCCAUUGAUGAAUCCAAACCACUCACCAAAGCACUUGGAUAUGUCCCUAUCGCGCGCGUGCCACUCGCAGACUGUGGCGCAGAAACUUGCCGACUCCAACACAAAACGACCGAGACUUGCCUACUCCGACAUAACAGCACUCAGACAUAUCCAACGGUCCGCUGUAUCGCCCAGGUAUCCGCGACUAGCAAACAGGUGCGAUGUCCAUGGUUGAUUCCAUUGAUGAAUCCAAACCACUCACCAAAGCACUUGGAUAUGUCCCUAUCGCGCGCGUGCCACUCGCAGACUGUGGCGCAGAAACUUGCCGACUCCAACACAAAACGACCGAGACUCUCCUACUCCG